UCGAGUCAUGGAUUACUUCGCUCCUGAAUGCCGCAAGAAGAAUAAGGACAAUUUACAAGUGGAUACAACAAAAUUACCAUUAUUGUUAUUUUUUACUUUUAAUAUCUCUUCGCGUAAAACGGGUUAUUUGUUGGUAGCUGCAAUUCACUAAAUCUCUUUCCAGCACCAGCUUGUCUUGAGAAGCUCCCAGCCACCAUGGUGGUAGUGCAAAGCUACUGUGAGGCCAGCGCUUCCAUUUCCGAAGCCUGGCUGGAGGGCGGCAUCUCGCCCUGCUUCUACUUCACCCUGGUGCCCACGGUCCUGCUUACCCUCUCCUUCUUCUUCGGCGCCUUCCACUGCGUCUGCUACCGCCGCUACGGCACCGAGAUGGAGCCCAAAUUCGUGCCGCGCUCGCGCCUCUAUGGCCUCCAACUGGGAGUCUCCCUGCUCCUCCUGCUGCAGUUCUUAGGGGGGCUGGUGUGGAGGGCCGCCGGUGGAGGGGAGCUCCCCGGCUAUGUGGUGCUGUAUGGCUGCCUGUCCAUGCUGGGCUGGGCCUGGGCCGUGGCCCUGCUAAAGCUGGAGAGGAGGUGGGUGCUGGUGAGGGACCGGACAAGGGGCCACAGCACGGUGCUGCUGCUCUUCUGGGCUGUGGCAUUCUCAGCAGAGAACCUGGCCUUCAUCUCCUGGGCCAGCCCCUACUGGUGGUGGGGCCUGGAGAACACACAGCAGCAGGUGGAGUUUUCUCUGUGGUUGAUGCGCUACCUCGGCACAGGAAUGCUCUUCUUCCUGGGCCUAAAGGCUCCGGGGUUGCCACGAAGACCAUACAUGCUCCUGAUCAACGAGGACGAACGUGACGUGGAGGGCGGCACUGGCCAGYCCCUGUUGGGUGGGGCGGAGGAGUCCCAGUCUACCUGGCAGGACUUUGGGCAGAAGGUGCGUCUGCUGGUGCCCUACAUGUGGCCCCGGGGCAAUAUUCUACUACAGGGCCUGGUGCUGCUCUGCCUGUGCCUGCUUGGUUUGGAGAGGGUCAUCAAUGUCUUUGUCCCCAUCUACUACAAGAACAUYGUGAAUGAGCUGACUGAUGGAAGCAGCUGGAAGACCUUGGUCACCACUGUGUGUGUCUAUGUCCUGCUCAAGGUCCUGCAAGGUGGAGGGGCAGGUGCGUCUGGCUUCAUCAGUAACAUGCGCUCCUUCCUGUGGAUCCGCGUGCAGCAGCACACCAACCGGGUGGUGCAGGUGCGUUUGUUUGGCCACCUGCACGCACUGUCACUGCGCUGGCACCUGGGCCGACGCACCGGGGAUGUCCUGCGUAGCAUCGACCGUGGCACCUCCUCCAUCAACACCCUGCUCAGCUACAUUGUAUUCAGCAUCUUCCCCACCAUCGCAGAUAUCGUCAUCUCCAUCAUCUAUUUCAUCACCUACUUCAACGCCUGGUUCGGACUCAUCGUAUUCGUCUGUAUGUUCCUCUAUCUCACCCUUACCAUCAUCAUCACGGAAUGGAGGACUAAGUACAGGCGAGACAUGAACACCCAGGACAACAACGCCAAGUCCAAGGCAGUGGACUCCCUGCUCAACUUUGAGACGGUGAAGUACUACAACGCAGAAAAUUAUGAAGUGGACCGUUUUGAGGACGCCAUCCUGAAGUAUCAGAUUUCAGAAUGGAAGACCCAAGCCUCUCUGGCCUUCCUGAACCAGACCCAGAACCUGAUUGUUGGCUCAGGCCUACUGGCAGGCUCACUGCUCUCUGCCUACUUUUUCCAGGAGGGCAAGUUUAAGCUUGGAGACUUUAUCCUCUUUGGCACCUACAUCAUCCAGCUCUACACCCCUCUCAACUGGUUUGGAACCUACUACAGAAUUAUCCAGAAGUCCUUCAUYGACAUGGAGAGCAUGUUUAAGCUCUUCACCGAGGAAGAGGAGGUGAAGGACGUGGUGAAUGCAGGGAACCUYCUCUAUAAACUGGGAAAAGUGGAGUUUGAGAAUGUGUACUUUAGCUACAUUGAUGGGAAGGAGAUUCUUAAGGACGUAUCAUUCACUGUGCAGCCAGGCCAUACUGUUGCAUUGGUUGGCCAGUCAGGGUGCGGUAAGAGCACCCUCCUUCGCCUGCUCUUCCGUUUCUAUGACGUCCAGGGGGGAUGCAUCCGCAUCGAUGGCCAGGACAUCUCUAAGGUGAAGCAGGUGUCUCUGCGUGCCCACAUCGGCGUGGUGCCCCAGGACACAGUCCUCUUCAACGACAACAUCCGCGACAACAUCCGCUACGGACGCAUCUCUGCCAGCGACCACGAAGUGGAGGCGGCGGCCAUCGCCGCAGACAUCCACAAGAAGAUCCAGACAUUCCCAGAAGGAUACGACACCCAGGUGGGCGAGAGGGGUCUGAAGCUGAGCGGGGGGGAGAAGCAGAGGGUGGCUAUCGCCCGGACCAUCCUCAAGGCCCCUCAGAUUAUCCUGCUGGAUGAGGCCACAUCUGCUCUAGACACACAGACGGAGCGCAACAUUCAGGCGUCGCUCAACAAAGUGUGCUCCAAUCGGACCACCAUCGUCGUGGCUCACAGGUUGUCGACCAUCAUCGGUGCCGACCAGAUUCUUGUUCUAAGUGACGGUCAGAUAGCAGAGCGAGGACGGCAUGAUGAGCUGCUGGCUAAGGGAGGGUUGUACUGUGACAUGUGGAUGAAGCAGCAACAUGCCCAGGACUCAGACUCAGCCUCUGACACAGAAGCAAAAGACAGGAAGUCUGAGAAACUACAGCCCCCAUCAGCCACUGCAGGCCACAGGAGCCACUGAGGAUAGAGUGAGAGGUCAAGGAUAUGUAGACAUUGUGAGGAGACGGACGAGGGACUCAGGGAGAGGAUUAGAUACCUCAAAAGGCUGUUUUGUCUGCAAUUUUUUAAGUUAUCUGUCCAUUGAGGUUCAUUCGGUUAUGAGUAAAGUUAAGCCCCACCCCAAACCUCUCUGCAUGUUACGGGCAAGUCAAGGGGCCAAAUGUCCCCUCCCCUUCCAAAAUCUGAAAGAUGCGAACACCUGCAAAAUCGUUAUUUCUCCAAAUGAUCAGUGGCAAAAAUCUGUGCACCUCGCUGUUGUCACAUCCCACAGUCUUUUGACAUACACUACGAUACCAGUUCUGUUACAUGUGUCUGUCCACGAGAGAUUAGUCCCUAAUGAACAUGUCCAGGACUCCGUAUAAUCCGUCCUCUUGCUGUCUGAAGUCGGUUGACUGCAGCCGUCCAGAGAAGUGGCAGCAAAUCCAAAGUAGACUAAUCCCUACCCUUAAGUGCAGGAAUAGGCAGUUUGUCAGUGUCUCACAACACUUUGAAUUGUUGACUAAUGUUUAGGGGUAGAGAAAUGUAUUUGUUUUAUUUACAGCAUCUAGAGAUAGUCUUAUUGAACAGGUUCAUUGUAAAUUAUAUAUUUAAUUUUUUACUACAUCCACUUUUUAGCUUAAUAGACUACUGAAGCGAUUCGGACCGAUGUGAAUGUUUAACAAAAAAAUCUGUUUCACUCUAAUUGUUUUUUAUCUAAAUACAAUGGUAUGUGUACAAGAACUUCAAAAUCUACAUUUGGUUAUUAGUAAAACAGAAAUUUAGUCUGUAUUUAGUCCAUUUAGCAUCAAACUGCAUCAGUUUUACUCCAAUCAGACUUGGGCAUUAUCAUGUACUGUACAGUCUAGGUGUUGACUGAUACAUGCAAAAUUCGCUGGCUGUAACUUUUAUUUGUCACCAAUGGUGAUCAAUAAGAACUACUGGCAGUAUAAUAAAGAGAACAGAAUCGAUGGAAAAGCAAACCUUUAUCUAUGAAUGAACUCAGAAUUCUCAAACCUUUCUAUGCUGCUACCCGUUUUGCGCAAAGAACUACUGUUAGUGUAUCUUUAUUUUAAUGGAAGAAAUUAGUCUGUAUUUGAAUUUGUAAAUAUCUAUGCCUUGCAUUCCCACGGCACGGUUUGUCAAUAUCUGUUGAUAAUAAUCACACUCCAUUUACAGUACAUAUUGUCAAAUUCUGUUUCAUUUAUUUAAAAAAGGGCCAUAAGGGAAGAUAUAUCCAUUUAACUGAACUUGAGUUAUUUGAGAGAGAAUAGGGACUUUAUAUCUACGUGAAGUCUCUAGAGUUACGAGUUUGAAUUGGAAACUGUCUGCAUUAAUCAAGGGGACAUGAAAAUGGACAUACUUACCAUCCAUAUAUUGCACAGCAGACUUUACAUCAUGGAAAGUUAUUUCAGACUGAAAUAAAUAGAUGAAUCCCAAAUGCAUUUGUGACUACAGAAGUAAUACCAAAGAGCUAGAGUGGUUUUGCUAGCAAAUCAUUGCUCUACCACUACAGCAGUCAAUCAUUUGUAGGUGUACAAUGUGCACAAACUGGUGCAGUCAAAUAAUUUACACUAAUGCACCAUGAGUUGAAAUGUUAUGUGUGAAUGAGUGACAUUGACACCACAUGAGGUUGGUGGCACCUUAAUUGGGGAGAACAGGCUUGUGAUAAUGGCUGGAGUGGAAUGGUAUCAAAUACAUCAAACUAUUGGUUUCCAUGUGUUUGAUGCCAUUACAGAAAUGCAACAUUUUUGUUCUGAUAUUAACUGCUUUGACACAAUGUCAAACUUUUUUGUAUGUGUUUUGGGGCCGUAGUUUGUUUGUAGUGUGGUCUUYGCCUUUGUCACUCUUCCAAUGUUUGUGUGGCAUCAGGCUAUGCCUGGAUGUCAAAUACAUUUAUAUAUUUUUAAAAAAAAGGGUGUGUAUAUGUUAAUAAAUUGUAUAAUUAAAGAUGUAUUGUGACGAA